CAAACCUAAAAAAUAUAAUAUAUUUAUUCAAAUGUUGCCAGCGAGUGUCAGUCGUCCUUAUACGCGUCUGCCGACGCCUUCUGCAAUGCUCAAGUCGCUGGAGUUCGCGGAGAAUACCAUGGAGGAGUCUGCCUUGGAGUUCUAUGAGAAUUGUAAUAUUGCCUGGCGAGCCCAAUACACAAAUCCCGCCCUGGCCUGCCUGAGUAUUGGCAACGAGUUCCAGCCAAUUACAACUGGCAAGAGGGAGAUGACAUCUCAAUUUACACCAAAUAGAGAUACGGACUCGGAGAAUAAUCAAAAUGGUUGGUCUUGUUUGGUCAAUCGGUGUCGCCUCUAAAAGCUGGCUUACAACUGACAUUUUGAUUGGAGCCAGCUGCUUUUUUAUAUGAUUAUAAUGCAAACUCAUUUAUAUAACUGCUCUCUUCUCACUUUCAAUCGUUACUUUGUGUGAAAUAAAUGUGCAUUUUCAUCUUGUUUUCACAAUAAUCAA